CCGUCGUGUCUGCGUCCGUGUCUGCCUUCGCCGCCACUGCCCUCCUACCCCCCCAGACCUUCGUUGUCACUGUCGCCCUUCAUCACAACAUCAUCGCCGCCUGGCACCUCAACACCCCCCCUCCCCACCACAACCCCCUUCUCGCCCUUUCUCUCCCCUUCCCCUCCCCACCUUCACCACCACCACCACGCCUCACCGCGGCUUCUUGUAGCACUCACCCUCUGUAAUCCCCUCGACGUCUCCUGGAUCUACGGCUUCUUGCCCGCCCCCCAGACUUGUCGUCGUGCUGGUGCGCCUGUUUUCUUCCUUAUCAAGUGGCCCGAUCAGCGCGCCUCUUGCCCUCCACGUCAUCAUCGCAACGGCUUAACUGCUGGUUGCUUCUCUUCCUGCACUCCUUCGCACACUGUUCAAAUCCCCGUAACCCCUUUUUAA